GACUGCCUGCCCAAAAACAAUCUUUGUCCCACAAACCAAAAAUGUAAAGAAUCUGGAGAGACCGGAUUUGUAUAGCUAGCAACAACAUCAUACUCCCAUUUUCGUACCAUCUUUUCAAGAAGAACACGUAUCAUGCAUUCACGGCCAACUAUUACGCCUGAUGGUGCACACUGGCGCUUCUGGGAGGUCACAUCGAUAUGUUUUCAGGUAAAUGAACCGGUUGACAUGUCGUUGGAUGAGUACGAAGCUGUCCAGCCAGCCAUUCGCGAAAGGUUAGAGUCACAUGCCGAUAAAGAAUAAACCAAUCACAGCACAUGCCUCUGCUCACAGCCAGCCGGUCAGAUGAUAGAUGUGUGAUCCAAGCGAGCACGGAGAGAGAGAAAAACGUCACAAACAUCGGAGAAGAAUAAGCAUUGCAUCGGAAAACACAACCCUAUUCUCUGAUGAGUCCUCCUCGUCGCCGGUGCAUUCAACCAUGGACAAUUUCUCGAGAUCGAGCUCUUUAUCACUGGGGGAGAAGCUGUGCGUUGCGUUCCUACCGUGUGUAGCGAUCAUAGAGGAGUUGGCUUUGACCGUGAUAGGUUGCUUCACUUACCGGCCUCGCCCCGUCAAACGUGGUUACGCUAUCGGAGACAUGACUCAGCUCGCCGAAGAAACCCGAUUUACUGUUAAUGAGCUGGAGGCGUUAUAUGAGUUGUUUAAGAAGCUGAGUAGCUCGAUCAUCGAUGACGGGUUGAUUCACAAGGAGGAGCUUCAGUUAGCACUGUUCCAAACUCGCCAGGGCGAAAAUCUAUUCCUUGAUCGUGUUUUUGAUUUGUUUGAUGAGAAGAGAAAUGGUGUCAUUGAAUUCGAUGAGUUCAUUCAUGCGCUCAAUGUGUUUCAUCCCUAUGCUCCUAUACAAGAUAAGAUUGAUUUUGCAUUUAGGCUGUAUGAUCUGAGACAAACUGGCUUCAUUGAGCGUGAAGAAGUUAAGCAAAUGGUGAUUGCCAUAUUGAUGGAGUCUGACAUGAAACUUUCCGAUGAUCUUCUGGAGUCUAUCAUUGAUAAGACAUUUGCUGAUGCUGAUGCCGAUAAGGAUGGGAGAAUCAAUAAGGAAGAAUGGAAGGAUUUUGUGCUUCGACAUCCAACUCUUCUGAAAAACAUGACUCUUCCUUAUCUGAAGGACAUCAGUACAAUAUAUCCGAGUUUCAUUUUCCACACAGAAGUUGAAGACUGAAAAUUUGAAGCCCUUUUCCCUUGGAGGAUCACUGAGUGAAUAUUAAUCCUAAGCUUCAGCGUCUUGUGCUGCUACUUCGGACUAGCAGAAUCAAGUAAUUGUCCUUUUGAAAUGACUUGUUGUCAGAUCAGUGCAGCACUUAUGUAUAUAGGAAACACCUGAGUUUAGGCAGGGCUACGAUGCUGCUCUUGUAUCACAAGAUUGAUUCGGUUUCUCUCCAUCAAUUCAAAACCAUUGUUGUACAGUGA